GGCAGCAGAAGCCGUGCGAGCGGAGUCAACGCGGAGCUGCUCUGAAUACCCCGUGUUUGUACAAUUUGAGGAGAAUUUGGCGACACGUUAAACCUUAGAUAGUAAUUCAACACCUCUAUGCGACCGCACACCGUUUUAUCCUCGCUUUAAUUAGGAUUUCGAUGCUGCCGGGGCGCAUGGAGCCCGUGUUGAAAAGGUCGGUGAGGUGUUUUGCGGACAAGAGAUCAUCCAGCUAAUGUUAGUUAGCCUCAGUCAGCCACGGAUCGUACGGUGUGGACUUGAGAGUGGAGAGACUCGGUGCUGCUGCCCACUCUGCUAACGGACGGACGGACGGACGGACAGACACUGAACACCCUAAACAAUGGGCCUCAUAUUCGCGAAACUGUGGAGCUUCUUCUGUAACCAAGAGCACAAGGUGAUAAUUGUUGGACUAGACAACGCAGGGAAAACCACUAUACUCUACCAAUUUCUGAUGAACGAGGUGGUCCAUACGUCUCCCACCAUUGGAAGCAAUGUGGAAGAAAUAGUGGUGAAGAACACACAUUUCCUGAUGUGGGAUAUUGGAGGACAGGAGUCGCUCAGGUCCUCCUGGAACACCUACUAUUCCAAUACAGAGUUCAUCAUCCUGGUUGUCGACAGCACAGACAGAGAGAGGCUGGCCAUCUCUAAAGAGGAGCUCUACAGGAUGUUGGCUCAUGAGGACCUGCGGAAAGCAGCUGUGUUGAUAUUUGCCAACAAGCAGGAUAUGAAGGACUGUAUGUCCGCAGCAGAGAUCUCCAAAUACCUCACCCUGAGCUCCAUCAAAGACCACCCCUGGCACAUACAGUCCUGCUGUGCACUUACGGGCGAGGGUUUAUGCCAAGGUCUUGAGUGGAUGACUUCCAGAGCUGGACUCAGAUAGCCCCUCCCUCAGCCAUCGGCCUGACUACCUGCACCACCCACAGGGUGGCAAAACAGCUGGCUUAUUGUUACUUUUUAUUUUAUUUUUUAUGUCAAAGUUGGACUUUGACCUCUGCAGACGGCACAGUACGGGAGCACUGACACGUCUACUUGUUACAGUGGAGCUGAUAACUUCUCCCAGUCAAUAAAAUGCACGACCAGAACUUUUGAACUGACCUGGUUAUGGAACAAGAAGGAGAAGAGGAUUAUUUCAGUUCAGAGGAUGUCCAGGUGCAAGGUAGGGCUGCACUGGACACUGAACAUUUACACAACAUACAUAUCAUGUUACAUUACACCAUAUCAUUUCAGAGUAUGCCAUAAAUGUCACAUUGAUGCCCAGCUUGGAAAAAUAUGAUGCAGCUCUAUUAUUAUCAUUAUUAUUUUGCCUCUGUAUAAGUUUGUUCAUGUUCAGGUCAAAUAUAACGGGACAAACAAAGGGAUUACAAGCAGUAUUGUAAAACCAGUUUUGAUGGUGAUGGUGGCACCAAGUUUUGCACAGAGCUCAUCAGGAGUUUCACACAAUAAUGUUCGCAUGAUGUUUUUUUUGUUCUCAAUAUCUGUUACAUGUAAUUUCAGUUUCAUAAGCUACACUGUUGGUGGUCUUCUCACACUAAAACUUUUGGUGCCGUAUUGAAUUGUGGUGAAGUACGAAAUCUCCCUUUUUAUUAACUUUGAGCCUGUACUUGUAUGUUAUUAAGCCAAAUUGUCUAGAUUCAAAGUCGGCAUGCAAAGAUUUUCCUUAAUCAAACCCUCGGAACAAAUGGCGAAUACUUCAGCUAUUUAUUUAAUUUAGCAAAACAUGAAAUGGCUGAAACAUGAUUUCAAGUGCAAGUACAAAGCUCGGUUUUAAUAACAGUAUUUUAAAUUUAAACACAGUGAUGUCAGUGAUGCAUUAUGAUUUUUAUUUAAUUUUAUUCUUUUAUGUUUGCUUUUAUAGACUGCUCUUGCUAACAGAUGAUCAUUGGUGCUCCACAAGUGUGUGACUGAUCCACUGCAUCCUAAUAUAAACAUGUCAUUAAUUUUCUGCUGCCAUUUUGGCACAUAUUCCUCUUAAAACGUUUUAUACUUUUUAAUCAAAGGGAUCAGAACAAGCUGCCGCCAUCGAAAAGGUGCCACACAUUUACAGGAUGUUGUUACUCUUUAACCACUUGGAUUUGAAUGUUCAGUGGUUUAGUAGCAUUAAGAUCUUAAUCAAUAUUUUGACCAUCAUAUAGUUACAAUACUUGAUCCUCAGCCUUAACUGAGCUGUUGCGAGUGUCUGGAGGACCAUAUGUGUAUGAAUCUGACAAACCCCUCAUGAUUUUUACCCACGUUUCCCUCUUCGAAGCGGUAUAAGAAUUCCUUGAACUUGCUAACAGAUCUAUGCACGUGUCACUUUGUUCCAUAGUGGCCAAAAGGGAGGAGGUGCAUGAGUUUCAUUAAGUCUGAACCAAAAAUGGUUAAGAACUAGUAAAGAUCUUGGUCCUGGAAUGCCUCUGGGUCUCUAGAAUAUAUUAUCCAUGGUUGUGGGACAAGGUAUUUUUACACUAACAGGAAAAGGUGAACUGUGCAGCUCCCAGACUCUUUGCAGCAUUAAGGUUUACAAAAUAUUUACCUUGGUCUCACACAGCAAGGGAACUGAUCUUAUACUGUCAGUGUAGUGGUGUAUAGUCUGGGUCAUGUACUGUUUUGUUUUCAAUAAAAGUUUGUUUUGAACUUUGAGCCUGAAU